AUGGGUUGGCAAGAUCAGAUUGGUCAGAUUCCUAAUGGCGAUGAGUUCUUCUACGCAGUCGGUCAAGGCGCUCUCGCGGUUGAAAUAAGAAGCGGGCUUGUGUCCGUCAUUAAUGACAGAGAAACAGAGCUUUGCUGUUUGGCGGAGCGCGCUUUGAUGCUUCACGUUCAGGGAGGCUGCAGCAUACCCACUGGUGUAAAAGGUAGUACUAUAAAAAAAGAUUCGCAAGAAAGGCAGUCUGCCGUACUCGAGAUUGCGUAUUUUAGCGUUGAGGACAACCAGAGGGUGACUUACAUGGCGACUUUCGCCAUGCACACGAGGGAGGACGCGGAGAAGCUCGGGCAGUACAUCGCUCAGAAAAUGUUAGAGGCUGGCGCCGACUCUCUUUUGCAGGCGGCCAGAAUAUGCAAUAAAGAAAACACUGAAAACCUCAAAGCAAGUGCUAGACAGGUGGGCUUGAAUGGUAAUCCAUCCCAAUUUUACACCAGUUAA